UUGAUUCACAAGUCAUCAUCAACACAAACCGAUCGGUCGUUCUAGGGAGCUAAUCUCUUCUGGAUGCUCCAGUGAUAACGCGAUGUGUAUGGCGAUCCUUAAGGCAAUAUAUUUUCGGUUAAUAAAAACUGCAUUUUCGAAGAUAUAAAAUAAAGCUAAAAACUAUUUUAGCACCAUUAUUAAGUUAAAAUAAGUUUAAUUUUAAUAUUACAUGUGAUUUUCCCUUCUUAUACUCUUGAUUAAUAAAUUUGAUUUAUUGUGGCAAGUCUUAGAAGAAGUACAAAAAAUAAUAAAAAUAAAUUUCGUGCAAGUGCAGAUAGAAAGUUUUGUAAAAUUUUUAAGGCACCAUGACAAGUAGCACUGACAUCAGAAAUAGGGAUAAACUGAUGUAUGCAGGUGAUGGAAGCGGUGCUGAAAAUGAUGUCCAUGAGCGAUUCGAACAUGACGUAAAUCGCGGUAAAUGGGCUUCGAAAACAGAAUUUCUGCUGUCCUGUAUUGGAUAUGCUGUGGGCAUAGGAAAUGUUUGGAGAUUUCCUUACCUAUGCUAUCGCAGCGGAGGUGGUGCUUUCCUCGUUCCAUACCUCUUAAUGCUGUUCCUCUGUGGUAUACCGCUAUUCUUCAUGGAAAUCAUCAUAGGCCAAUUUUCAAGUACAGGAUGUAUUGAAAUGUUCAGACUGUCACCCAUAUUUAAAGGAACUGGAUAUGCGAUCGUUGUGGUGAAUUUCCUUUGUACAUGCUACUAUUCUGUGAUCAUUUCAUAUCCUGUUAUGUUUAUUAAAAGAAUUUUAAAUAAAGACCUUCCAUGGGAUUCUUGUGAUAAUGCAUGGAAUACAGAUCGAUGUGUUGAAGUUCUUGAGCUUAGUAAGAAAAACUAUACAGAUAAAAAUAGUUUUCGAACGCCAGCUGAUGAAUUUUUCCAUCUGGAGUUAUUAAAAAUCUCAAGUGGAAUCGAUGAACUUGGGUCGAUUGUGUGGCCAUUGUUUUGGUGUCUGGUCUUCACAUGGCUAGUUGUCUAUUUUAGUAUUAUUGGUGGAAUAAAAACGGUUGGAAAAGUUGUGUAUUUCACAGCUACUUUUCCCUUCUUCAUUCUGAUAAUUCUCUUCAUUCGAGGCAUUACUCUGCCAGGUGCCAUGAAAGGAAUCCUCUUCUACAUCAAACCCGAAUGGGUUAAAUUGUUGGAUCUAAAGGUCUGGGCAGAUGCAGCUAUUCAAAUAUUCUUCUCGCUUGGACCCGGAUGGGGAGGCAUUGUUAAUAUGUCAAGUUUCAAUAAAUUCCACAAUAAUGCCAAAAGCGAUGCAAUUCUAAUUCCAAUUAUAAACUGCUCCACAAGUAUUUUUGCUGGUUUUGUGGUCUUUUCAGUUUUGGGUUAUUUAUCGGAACAAUCGGGAAUUCCAGUAGCAGAUGUGGCUACUUCUGGACCGGGAUUAGCAUUUGUGACAUAUCCACAGGCUAUUGCAAUGCUUCCGCUUCCACAUGUGUGGGCGGGAUUAUUUUUCACCAUGCUAUUUUUAUUGGGUUUGGACAGUGUGUUUGUCCAAAUCGAAGCCAUUAUUUCUUCAGUUCUCGAUGAAUGUGUCAGUUUGAGAAAAUAUAAAUUUAUUGUGACACUAGGAUCGUGUUCCGUAAUGUUUUUGAUGUCAAUUCUUAUGGUUACACAGGGUGGCAUGUACAUUCUACAACUUUUCGAUUGGUAUUCAGCAUCGGUGUCAGUGAUAUUAAUUUGUAUGAUUGAAGUCAUGAUUGUCGGAUGGUUUUAUGGAGUCGAGAAUUUCACAAAUGACAUUUACUUCAUGAUUGGCAGAUAUCCCGGCAAAUUAUGGUUAAUGUGUUGGAAAUAUAUUACACCAGUGAUUUUAAUUGGAAUUUUCUUCACAUCGAUCGUAUUCAAUCGAAACGUCACCUAUAAUGGAGUCGUCUAUCCAAGUUGGGCCAUUGCUGUCGGUUGGUGUAGUUGUGGCGCAUCUAUAAUUUGUAUUCCAAUAUAUUUCGCUUAUAUGAUUUUAUCAAAAGAUGGAUCUGCAGGAGAAAUUAUUGAAUAUUACUCGAAGGCAAUUGAUUGGACACCAGCAGAUUCUCAGCAUAAGAGAGAGUAUGAAAGAUUCCUGAGAAGUCACAGCAAAGAAGUUGAAAUGGGAGUGAGAGUGCAAUAGAAUUUCUUCUUCGUAUGACAAUAAUUAAUAUUCUUAUAGCAUUCGUAUUGACGUAAACAAAUUAAAAAUGAUCCAUGUAUAUAAAAAUAUGUAUACGUGUUAUUAAAAUCGUAUUGCAAAAGAAAUUGCCAUACAAAACAAAA